AUGCAGGAACAGGACCCCGCCAGUUCUGCUUCCUUCCGAGUCCUAAUCAUCAACCCCAAUACCUCAACUCAAAUGACCGAAGCCCUCAAACCCAUCAUCCAGGGACUUAAUUACACCGACAUUCACUUUGACUAUUUCACCGCACCAAAACAGUCCAUCACCCUUCCCGAUGGCCAAGUCAUCGAGCCCGUCCCCAGCAUCAAUUCGGGCGAUGACUCGGUACAAUCAGCGCAGCACUGUCGACCCUUUGUGGACCCAUUGAUGCCAAAAUAUGACGCUUUUCUGGUGGCUUGCUACUCUGCGCACCCGCUCGUGGGCAUGCUACGGUCGACUAUAAAGGCUCUUGAAAAUAAAGCUCGUCAGUCCGACAGUGGGACAUUACAUGUCUUCGCCGACGGGCAAGCAAUCAUUCCAAGCAAAGGGAAGAAAUAUGUUACUGGUAUCUUUGAAGCUAGUGUGACUACUUCAAUGAUGCUGAUUAGCAGUUUCGAUUUGCUGGCGGAUUGGAGUCAUCACAAGAUACAGUCGCAGGACACUUUUGGGAUUGUCACGACCGGCGCGGUAUGGAAACAGGAGCUUACCAAGGCUGUGGGCGCUAUGAUAAAUGGCCCGGAUGAGAGUGAAGAGAAGAAGAUGAAGUCGGAUGUUGGCGAUGCGAUGAGUCCGGCGCCAUCACCACAGGCACCUGUUUCGGUGCCGCGGUUUGCGGGUGUGGAGACGACGGGGUUGACGGCUGUUGAGUUGCAUGAGACGCCGCCGCAGGAAGUACGGAGACGUAUGAUUGAGGCUACUGAGAAGCUGCUCAAGGGGACUGCGCAUCCGGUGCGAGCUGUGUGUUUGGGUUGCGCUGGGAUGGCGGGAAUGGAAGAAGCUGUGCGCGCGGGGUGUAUCAAGGCGUAUGGAGAAACCGAAGGAGAGAAUGUGCAUAUAGUGGACGGAGUUGUCGCUGGAGUUGGAUUGCUUGUAAAUGCCUGCAAAGCUCGGGUUUAG